GCCGACCCCUGAGCUGCGAGGGGCGGCCAUGCCCCGCUCCGGCCGGCAGAGGAACUGAGGCACUAAUACCUUGAGACCUUCAGUUUUAUGCUUUCUUGACUUCCUAAACAGCAGCCCAAUUCUUCAGGACUUCCAGCAGUGUGAAAUGUAAUCAGUGUGUUGGUGCAUUUUGGUACUGGAAUGAUGACUACUGCAGAAGUUGUCAAGAAGAAGGAAAAUUACACUAGUGUGCAUGAAGCAGUGAAAGCUGGGGAUGUAGAACAGCUUGCAUCGAUGAUAAAAAGUGGAGCCAGCAUUAAUGAGGUGGAUGUAGUUCACAAAUUCACACCCUUGCAGUGUGCUGCCCACUCGGGAAGUCUGGAGUGCCUGCAGUGGCUGCUGUGGCACGGCGCUGACCCCGCACGUGUGACCGUGAGAGGCUGGAGCGCGGCUCACCUGGCGGCCAUCCGCGGGCAGGACGCCUGCAUGCAGGCGCUGUUAGUGAGCGGAGCGGACGCCGCAGCUCGGGACGAGCGCGGCUGCACGGCCGCGCACCUGGCUGCGGCCCACGGGCACUCGUACACGCUGCAGAGCCUGCUGCGCACCGGGGCGGAUGUAAAUGUUUCAGACAGGAAUGAGUGGAAACCUGUUCAUUAUGCUGCUUUUCACGGUCGCUUGGGGUGUUUGCAGCUUCUUGUUCGAUGGGGAGCGUGUGUAGAUGAUGUGGAUAACAAUGGAAACCUUCCAGCACAUCUGGCAGCAGUGGAAGGACACUUGCAUUGCUUUAAGUUCUUGCUCAGGAAAAUGGCCAGUGUUACACACACUCUGAAAGCCAGGAAUGACCACGGAGAGACUCCAAGGGACUUGGCUGAACGGUUCUACAAAGAUAACAUUCUGCAAUAUAUUGAUGGUGUGGAAAAAGAGGAGGAACAUCCAGAGACACAGGAAGUUUUAGCUUUCCCAGCUCAUGAUGCUGCGUUUAGUGGGGACUUGUUAGUGGUUAGAAGCCUAGUGAGAAGUGGAGUAAUCAACAUUAAUGAGCGGGACGAUAAGGGAUCCACUCUCCUGCACAAAGCUGCUGAACAGGGGCAUAUCCAUUGCUUACAGUGGUUGGUUGAAAUGGGAGCUGACUGUGACAUUACCAAUGACGCUGGAGAGACUCCAAAGGAUGUAGCCAAGAGAUUUGGCCAUCUGGCAGCUGUGGAACUGUUGACACCAAGAACUGGAAACAGUAACUCUAGUGAUGAAGAACUAGAUGCAAACAACAUCAAGUUUUUUGAAACACAUGGUGUGGAAGGGAGUACAGAUAGCAAAGAAGAUUUAACCCUGGAUAAAGCAGAGAAAAGGAAUGCACGUGUAAGGGCCUAUCACAAGAUUAAAGAACUUCAGAGACUUCUAGAAAUUGCCUACAGCAACUACAGACAGCUGGGGGGAGUAACUGAAGAGGAGAAGAAGAUGAGAAAAGAAGAAAGGAAAUUUGAGAAGGCUGUGAGGGAGCUGGAGGCGCAGCUGGAGUAUGAGCGAGUCAGGCGGGAGAAGCUGGAGAGCCAGCUGGAUGAUUACCGUGCUGAGAUAAAGCAGCUCCGAGAGGCCCGGGGCAAAACCCGCAUCGCCUCCGUGGAAGCUGAGACAAUGGCCAAGUCUUGCAAAGACGAAAAUAAAGAAGCAGUCAGCCUGCAGCCCAGGAGGAGUGCGACUACACUGAGGAACGAACCUCCACGGAGGGGCAGCAGACUGGAGAAGAAAUCAGCUGCAAACAGAUGGAGGAAUUAACAACUGUAGAGCAGAGCCUCCUAACCCUCCCGGAUUGCUGCAGGUGUGACAGAACAAUUCCAGAAGCCAAUGGCUUGUCUCAGCAGUGCUGAGAUGGGAGGCCCAAUGCAGCAGCCUGAGGAGCCACGUUUCCAGGGACACAUCCCAACAACUAUGCUGGAUACCUCAGAGCACCACAGGCUACAGGGACUUGUGCUACUGUCCCCCAGCUCCUGGAAACUGCACUGCAGGAGAGCUGGCUGCACAAGGCUCAUGUUAGACAUCCCAGAUUUCCCAUGGAACCAAAAUGACAAUGAAUUUGAAAAUGAGCUGUCAAACAUGACAGCACUCCUGAAACCUGACAAGUCGUCUUUUGGAUUUGUUACACUGCUGUUUCAAUUAUUGUUAGAAUAAAGCUAAUUACAUUUGCCUUUCAAUUUAUUCUUCCAAAUAAAAUGCAUUACUCUUUUUAUCCAGCUCCUACACAAUA